AUGGGUGGCCGCAGUGUGUCCAUGACCCCCCCGUCCUGUCUUGAUGUCCAGUGCUCCAAGGACACCACAUGUCAGAUGGUCAAUGGGUGGCCACGGUGUGUCCAGACCAAGGUGUCCCCAAGGCCACCGUCCUGCAGCGACCUCCAGUGUCCCAAGGACACCUCGUGCCACAUGGUCAGUGGUCAUCCCCAGUGUGUCCAGACCAAGACGUCCAUCAGGAGACCUUCCUGCAGUGACCUCCACUGUCCCCAGGGCACCAGGUGCAAAAUGACCAAUGGGUGGCCGCAGUGUGUCCAUAACUCCCCGUCCUGUCUCGAUGUCCACUGUCCCAAGGACACCACGUGCCAGAUGGUCAGUGGUCAUCCCCAGUGUGUCCAGACCAAGACGUCCAUCAGGAGACCUUCCUGCAGUGACCUCCACUGUCCACAUGGCACCCAAUGCCAGAUGACCGAUGGGUGGCCGCAGUGUGUCCACUCCUCUCCAUCCUGCAGUGACCUCCAGUGUCCCAAGGCCACCUCGUGCCGCAUGGUCAGUGGUCACCCCCAGUGUGUCCAGUCCAAGGUGUCCAUCCUGGCUCCGUCCUGCAGUGAUGUCCAGUGUCCCAAGGCCACCAGGUGCCAGGUGACCGCAGGGUGGCCGCACUGUGUCCGUGUCCAGCGCCGUGUCCGUGCCCUCCCCGCCCUGUCCUGCUCCGACGUCACCUGCGAGCCAGGUGCCACCUGCCAGGUGCUGCAGGGCUGGCCCAGGUGUGUCCCCAAGGUGGCCUCGACCUGCCAGGACCUCACCUGCCCACCUGGAUCCACCUGUCACAUGGACAGAACCACGCCCAGGUGUGUCCCUGUCAAACUCACCUGCCAGGACCUCACCUGCCCACCUGGAUCCACCUGUCACAUGGACAGAACCACGCCCAGGUGUGUUCCCGUCACUGUGACCUGCCAGGACCUCACCUGCCCACCUGGAUCCACCUGUCACAUGGACAGAACCACGCCCAGGUGUGUUCCCGUCACUGUGACCUGCCAGGACCUCACCUGCCCACCUGGAUCCACCUGUAGAAUGGACAGAACCACGCCCAGGUGUGUCCCUGUCAAACUCACCUGCCAGGACCUCACCUGCCCACCUGGAUCCACCUGCCAGAUGGACAGAACCACGCCCAGGUGUGUCCCUGUCAAACUCACCUGCCAGGACCUCACCUGCCCACCUGGAUCCACCUGUACAAUGGAGAAAUCCACACCCAGGUGUGUCCCCAUCACUGUGACCUGCCAGGACCUCACCUGCCCACCUGGGUCCACCUGUACAAUGGACAGAACCACGCCCAGGUGUGUCCCUGUCAAACUCACCUGCCAGGACCUCACCUGCCCACCUGGAUCCACCUGUAGAAUGGACAGAACCACGCCCAGGUGUGUCCCUGUCACUGUGACCUGCCAGGACCUCACCUGCCCACCUGGAUCCACCUGUACAAUGGAGAAAUCCACGCCCAGGUGUGUCCCUGUCCAACUCACCUGCCAGGACCUCACCUGCCCACCUGGAUCCACCUGUACAAUGGACAGAACCACGCCCAGGUGUGUCCCAAAGGUGGCCUUGACCUGCCAGGACCUCACCUGCCCACCUGGAUCCACCUGCAGAAUGGAGAAAUCCACGCCCAGGUGUGUCCCUGUCAAACUCACCUGCCAGGACCUCACCUGCCCACCUGGAUCCACCUGUACAAUGGAGAAAUCCACGCCCAGGUGUGUCCCCAUCACUGUGACCUGCCAGGACCUCACCUGCCCACCUGGAUCCACCUGUAGAAUGGACAGAACCACGCCCAGGUGUGUCCCUGUCAAACUCACCUGCCAGGACCUCACCUGCCCACCUGGGUCCACCUGCAGAAUGGAGAAAUCCACGCCCAGGUGUGUCCCUGUCAAACUCACCUGCCAGGACCUCACCUGCCCACCUGGAUCCACCUGCCAGGCCCCCGCCCUGCCCACCUGGCCUCACCUGCAGCCCCACCUGCGCGCCGGCCCCCGCCCCUCGUGUGUCACGUCCUGA